GAUCACAGUGUGCCAUGCAGUCAACCAGAAAUUACUUCAGUCUCACCUAUUGCGGCUUUGGUGCCAACAGCAAACCAAAGAAUAACCACACCAAUGCAGCUAUCACAAAAUCUUCCUCCAGAAAAAGAAGACUCUGAAAACAAAGUUUCCUUGCUAAGUGAAUUGUCUUCUGUUGGUGAUCAUCUUUCAAUGAGCUAUGCUAGUAAGGAAGGGAUCAAUCAAGAGGAAGAACAAGAUUUGUCGGAGGAUGAUUCAUGUGAUUCAAGUUACUUGCAACGUUUAAGUUAUGCUGUGAAGACUUUCAAUGAGCAUUACCAGAACAGCAAAGCAGAGGAGGAGUCUUCAUCAACUGCUGAUUCCUUUUCGCCAGAGGCAUUCCUGUCAUCUAUUCCACUUUUCAAAAAGCUAAGUAAGAGGAGACCAGCCAACAUACUUCCCAAGCCAAAUACCACAGAAUAUUCCAUUAGGGGACAGCAUCAACAUUUUUUAACAAGCAGUCAUGGAGUAUCAUCAAUUUUGCCUCAGCAGUUUUCUAUGGUAGCUGAUGUUGGUCAUGGUGUACCAAUUGCACCAAAGCCAGACCCUAACACUCAGGUGUCUUGUUAUGUGCUUGUAGUUCCUACUCCAGUUUACUAUGAAAAUUUAGUUCCAAAAGAAAGACUUCAGUUGCAGCAUGAACAAGAAGAAGCUAAUAAGUCUCUGGCAGUCCCCUCUGACCAUGAAGACAAGGUAACAGAAGUUUUGGCCUUCCAGAAUGGUAAGUACCUUUGACCUGACUUAUAUAUUGAAACCCAUCCAAACAAUAGAUAACAAUGUACAUAUAUUUAUUUCAAUGUACUCUUUUCUUAGAGACAAUUGAACACUCAAGACCCCAUCUAAGCUAUAAAAGUGCUGGUGAUUAGAUUAUAUUGUCCUUUUACAAAUUUAGGGAUGGGAAUUCUGAGUUCUGACCUUGUUUCUGUUUCUGAGGAACCCUUCCUUUAAAUUAUUAUAGUCCGUAUAGUUAAAUGCUAGCUUAGACCACUAGAGAUACCAUUUGUGUAGUGGACGAAAAACAAAAAAAAUAGUCUUAAUUAGAGGAUAACUUUUAAUUUAAAUGAUUUUUUAAUAUCAGACACAACUCCUUUGCAAGAACCCAGGCCUAUGCAUCCUCCAGAUGUAGAAUGGACUCCAAGAGCUUGCAAGCAAGUCAGAACACCUUUACCAUCCACAAGGGUGAGAGUAUCACCAAGCCCUAACAAGGGCAACAGUGGCGUACAGGGCUCUCCAAUCAUUACUGUGUCUACCACAACAACUCCAAUACAACCACUACAGGGAAGCAAGAAGAAAUAUGUGAUUGUUCAAGGAAACAACAGGCACUUGAAGGGCCUAGCAAGUCAUCGACAUAAUUUUUAUACACGCACAGUAGAAGAAAGCCAUCAACCUAUUUAUCUACAAGGUAAAACAAUUUUUUGCCAAAAUUCAAUGUUGACAGUUGAGUUAAAAUGGUCUUAUUCAGGGUGUAUACUGUGUGACCAGGUUAUUAGGUUUGUUGUAAUAAUUUCUGUUUGUUACAUAAUAAUAAUUAUUAUUAUUAUAACAAAUUUAUUAUUAUUUUUAAUUUGUAUUAUUAUUAUUGUAACAAACGAUUUUUUUGACAGUUAUGUCUUUUAUUUUAAAACAAGCAUUUCACAUUCACUUUCCUCUACAUUUUACAGUAAUUUUUCUCCAAUUCAAUUCAAUUAAAUUCCAAUAUUUUUGACAGGUCUACCACCGCAAGGUUUUAGGCGACUUUGGAAAGCCAGAGAAAAUAGUAGCACUGAGAAGCUAACAAAGGUGAACAGUAUGAUUGAGGCUUAGAAUUCUUACCUAAUAUUUCUAUCCCUUUACAGAUUGCUUUAAUUUCAAGAUAGAAAAAUCCUUUCAAAGUAAUAACUGUAAACUUUAAACUGUCUUAAUAUGACGUGAACUAUUCACAAAUCACUGUGAGGGCUUGAUCUUCCAUAUCAAAACAAUGUGGACUCUAGCUUGAUAAAAUAGUGGACAUUUUGCAAUGACAAUGCAUGGUUUCCUCACAAAAUUAUGUCUGGGAAAUGACUACAGAAAUUCCAUACUAAUGAGGUGUCAGUUACCAAGAUCAGGUACUUCUUAUUAGUGGAAGCAAGUUUCCCAUGUGACAUAACCAAUCAGAAUGACCUGUCAUUUUGCUUGGAAACCAGAGGUGGCAUUGAAAAAUGACCGCUGUAAUUUCUCAGGCCAUGUGGAUUCUUCCAUAUUAGAAUUUGGCACACUCCAUGAUGAAAUUAAAAUAGACUAGGUUACAUUAAUUUUAUUGUCUUUGUUUUAUAUAUUUCCCUAAAUUUCAGAGGUCAUUAGAACUACUAUUUUGCAAAGCUUUAGCACCCGCUAAUCAGGAGGCCACGGUGCCUGAGAUAGAGACGUCCCCCCUGACAUGCAUAACAGACAAGGUAUCCUGUGAUCGAGAGGUACCGCAGUAUGAAAGCAAUAAGGUGAGCAAAGCGAUUAUUAUGGUUCAGGACUUCACUACACCAUUUAAUAGCUGCAGUUUCUGCAGUUUGUUUACGUGAUUCAGUUUAAUGUCUUUUUUACUGAACGAAGCGUUGAAUAAUAAUUAUAUUACACCCAAUAACCUUGUGCCUUUACAGACUAUUUCCAACUACGUUAUGUUAAUCCUUCAAAGUGGUGUUGCUUACCAAAUUGCUAAUUUUUGUGAAUUCUUUGUACUCCUUGAUAAGUCUUGUUGACUGAACAACCUGCGCAAACGUCAUUACAUCAACGGAUCGGAGUCAAAUUGAAUGGUGCAUCAUAAUAAGAAAAGUUAUGAUGAAAAAAAUGCGCUUUAUUUGAAUGUCAAUGUAUUUAGCACCAAAGGACUAAGAAGGGGCACUAUUUUUACGUCUCCAGCUGGAGACAGGACCGCCAUUUUACGUGGUCAACGGACAACCGAGCCACGCGAAGGUCCAGCCGCUUGCAGUGCAAAGGGAGUACCUUCAUUUCUCAGUUAUUUUAAGACCCUGAGUAUUGGUCCGGCCCCGGGAAUUGAACCCGCGACCUCCCGUUCUGCAAUCAAGCGCUCUACCGACUGAGCUAAUCCUUCCUUUGAUCUUACAUUUCUCAUAUGCCUGUUCUGUUUUUACAUUAGAGUCCAGAACAAAACCUGCCGACACAAAAGAUUCCUGAUGAUAACAGUUCAACACUAGCUGUGAAGGAGGCAAAUAACCAGGAUAGAGAAGGUAAACAUUCACAUACAAAAAGAAGACGAAUGACACUAACGGCUUUUUGUAGCUAGAAAUGGGGCUUGAUGAUUUAGUAAAUUCAAGGAGCUUGUAACUUAUAUUUAGUCUGAAUAGUUUAAUAGCCUUCCUCUGUGUCUAAAUACUAAAGUUUGUGUAGCAUUAGUGUUCAGAAGUGAAUGAAGGGGUUAUUCCCACCACCCUGAUCUUUGUAUAAACUGAGUAAAAGUUAUGCUUUGUACUAUGUGUUUCGGCGGCUUGUUGAUCAUUGUUAUAGCAGAUAACGAGACUGAUAUUUUUUAAUGUACUGAUGACCUGUGGCUAAAAAGACAGAACUUAACAGUCUGAGAAAACAGCCGACAUUUUGUGACGCCACCACUGGUUUCCCCUUGAAAUUACGUCUGAGCAACGACUACUGAUGAGGUGUCACUACUCAUCUGGGUAGUGCUUCUGAUUGGUCGUGUCGCGAAAGAAAUUUAUUUCAACCAAUCAGAAGCACUACACAGAUACGGGUAGUGACGAGUCAUCAGUAUGGUAUUUUGCGCUCUUUUCUCCGACAGUGUCGUGGUAUGUCUGGUGUUCUUCAGGCUAGAAAGUUAUACCUAGUAGAGGUCACAUACUCUAUUUUAAUUUUAACCCCCGCUCUCGGUUUAUUUGUAAAUCUCUUCAGUUACAUUGUAGUUUGAAAACAACCUCUCACCAAUUGUACUUACAGAGGUUAUAGAUUCGGAAUGUCAAGCAAAUAAUGAAGAACCUUUGGCUUCGGCAAAAGAAACAACUGAUGAAGUGAAAAUUAUACCAGUCUCACAGGGCAACAGGUACAGAGAAAACAGAGAAAGAAAGAAAGUCCGAGACAGGUAUGAUUUACGAUUUACAUCCUUUUUUGAGGUUCAACAGAAAUAUUCAGAUGCUGAAUAGUGGAGUCGGCGUAUUUUGUANCCCCCCCCCCCCCCAAAUUUUGGGCAACUCAGAUUUUUGGGGGAGCGAGAGAAAAUUUGGGCAAAGCCAGCUUUGACCAGAAUUAACUCUAAAAUAAUUCACACACGUUUUUAAAAAGAUUGAAACUACUAUAAGGUGAAAUUGCAUGUCAAAAGCGCUUCGUUUUCUACAGAUAACGGCUAAACAUCAAGAUUUUCCUUUUUUUACUGUAUAUCUGACGAUAAGAACUCUAUCCCAAUAACAGUGAUUCCGUUUUAACUUCACGAAUAUCGAGGCGACUAUUGGAGGAAAAAGCUCCCGAGAACGAUUUCCCUGUGAGAAGUAAUGCUGCAAGUGUAAUAGGUAAUGGCGUCAGUUCGUUGCUUUGAUAACUCCAAUGUCAUUGCAACCCAGAUCAUGACAAAUGUUUAUCUUUAUCUAAUACAACUGUGGUGGCAAUUUUUCCAAAUGUUUGUUAAUGGCGACGUAGGUUAUGCUCAAACUUGGUAGGUAUUGACCCUGAAAAACUGUAUCGAGCCACUUUCAUAUGCCAGUACGGCCUAUGUUGUUGCAUCGUAUGGCCCUCGUUUCUUUUCGACUGUUUUGUAAAAAUUUGGGCAACUUGCAAGAAUUUUUUGGGCAAAUGGUUUACCGCCCCCCCCUGGCCGAAAAUUGCCCGUACGCCUAUGUCUUCGAUGAGGCUUUAAGGACUCAGACAGAAUAUAAACUGAAGACCAGCUGUUUAAUUAUGCAUUGUUUUUGUCGCAAAGAAAACAGUAUAUUAUUUUCCAAAAUAGAAAGAAUAUAAAAUAUCAUGCCUUGAGCGCGCAACCAUCUCCAUCUGUUAGAAGAUUAGUAAAUAAUCUCAGGGUAGGUUGUCCUGAUUUCCAAAAUUAAAUUUUUGUGUUAUUGUGCUGUAGGAAAUAUGACGCUGAUCUCAAGAAGGCGUUUGAACAGCUCAGACGUGUUGUGCCACGCUUACCGAGGAGCUAUAGUCGUGUAAGUGGAUAUCUUAUCUCCAAAUUUCUCCAAAACAUUUUAUUACUUUUCUUUUCGUUCUCGUGUGUUCCACCUAACAUGUCUCCGAGGCUGUACGGACAAAACUGCGAAUUUUUCACGAUUCAGUUGUCUCGUAAUUCCCAAAAGAGACUUGAGCACAAAGAAAACUAAACCAAAUGUAGAUUAUGGCCAGAACUGAGAAAGCCUUGGAGUCAUGUUAGAAUUUUGAUCUAUGGAACGUGGGCUAUUGUUAUGUAUCACAGUUUUCUAUUUCGUGAUUCUUCGAGGAGGACGUUAGAUAUAAAUGUUACCAAUUAAAGCAACUUAACAAUGUUUGUGUACAUUUUGCAGGGACUAAUUUUGCAGGAAGCCAUCAAGUACAUAGGGAACCUGGAAAAGAAAAUUCAAGGUAUGGUGAGGGAGUAAAAUUGCAGCUUUGUUUAGCAACACGAACACAUUUGGGCAGGCAGUGCCCAGAUGAGAGAACUUUUCGCGUUUGACCGCAUGUACCAAGCAUACCCAGUGAAUUCUUUGCUUUUUAUGCAGUGGAAGUUGUGUAUUCAACUUCAUUCUCCACUUUUAACUAAAUUUUUCUCUCAAUCAACUUGCUAUAGAUGCGGGUUUAUGGCCAACAUUACAAGUCCAAGAUCACUUUAAGCAAGACGCCCAGUCGAAAGGCACUUCUGACGAAAAAAGUGCCAAGGUGGAGCCCGUAACUGUCACAGAAGCCAAACGUGUAUUAUCCUCAACGGAUUGUACAGUCCCUGAUCCUUCCAACAACGUUACUAGUGUAGAAGAUGAUGAGGCACAACCACUCGUACCUGAGGAUGAGAAAGGUUCAAAUAGCCAAGAAAACGCCUCAGCUACCUUAACAUCUCCCAUUAUUUUGUCCUUAUCGGCAGAGGAAGGGUCCUUUUCAUUUGUGAGCCCUGAGGGAGCUACUGUUUUUGCUGUUGAUUGUGAGUAUCCUGAUGAUGACUCUGUGACUGUUGAAGAGGCACCUCUGUCAGCCCCAUUCGAACAAGUACAACUACUGUCGGUAGAUCUCAAUGAUGACACACCGGUGCUGACACCGCAGUCCCCAGAGGAGUCUUUAUCACAAGAGCUUACUCCCAGAUUGAUACCCCUCGUCGAGAUUCCAAGUUACACGGAGAGUGGCGAAUCCUCCCGUCAGGAUCUUUUUGUGAGCGUGAUCGACGGCGUUUCCACUAUCAGCCAAGAGGCAUUAAGCGACCUGGGUGUCACCUUGUCCCCGUUAUUAUCUCCGUUGGGAAUUCUACUUUCCCCCGGUGGGGAUAUCGAUCACUCUCAUGAUCCCACAGUUGCUGUCCUGGUGGAUGAUCUUAGUUCAGCUGUAGAUGGAAAUAUGGCUGGAUUAAACGCUGUGGUUCCAGGUGUUUGCACUGAUAUGACAUCAAUAGCAGCUUCGGUUGAGGUUACCACUGACAUGCAGCGAAAGAAAGAGACAUCACCAUCAUCUGCGAGGAAGAGAGCAAGAUCAAGAAAGCGAACAGCACAAACUGUGCCAUGUUUAUCACCUCAACAGCCUGCUGACAUUAGAUCAAGCACUUCCCGUCGCAGAAACACGCGAGUUCUACAAGACAACAGCAAUUUUGAAGACCCAAGAUCGCCUGUUGCUGGUAAUAAAAGAGGAAGGAGAAGAAAGGUUAAAGUUGGCCAUUCUGAGCAAUCGUUCCAAGGUGUUGAUGAGAAUUCGGCAUCUGCGGUCAAACAGACCCGCACACCACCCAGGAGAGUGUCGGGUGUUAUCCUGAAUACAAAAAGGAAAAUGUCAAGUCCCAGUGGGAGUGUGGAAAAGAAAAGUACCCGUCGAUUGUAG